GUGGGGGAGGCGAGGGGCGGGAAGAUGGCGCUGGGGGGAUGCCGGGCGGCCGGUUGUGGAAGCGCGCUUCGCUUGGGGCGGCCGGCGCUGAGGCGGCCCUACGUGGCGGCCGGCGGCGAGGAGGAGGAGGAGGAGAACGAGGAGGAGGAGCAGCGGCAGCUGCUGGAGCUGUGCCGGCGGCGGCGCUUCCUGCGGGGCGGCGCGGAGCCGCGGCCCUGGCGCUCCUACCUCAGCGGCUGCCACCCGGGCUUCGGGCCGCUGGGCGCGGCGCUGCGGGGCAACCUGGCGGCGCAGUGGUGGCACUCGGCGCUGGCCCGCAGGGAGCAGGUGUUCGCCGUGGAUUCCCCGCUCCACGGCAGCCCCUCCGCGGGCGCCCCGCAGGCCCGCGAUGCCCUGCGGCUGCUGAGCUCGGAGGCGCUGCGCCGGGUUGUCCAGGAGCCGGCCGGGCCCGCCCUGGAAGAAGCGCUGGGGAGCGCGGGGACGCUCCGGGAGACGCUGCUGCCCGGUGUUUUGGCACAAUAUGUUAGCUGCUUAGAAUUUGCGAACAAGAGGCUGCCUUGUGGCCUUGCUGAAGUUGGAGUAUGUUUUCACUCUGUUCCAGAAAGUGAGCUACACAACAAAAACUUUAGAAGAAUAGGCGAAAGGACUACCUCUUUGCUUGCAUGGUUUAGCUCUCCCAGAACUGCAGGACAGUGGCUCGAUUACUGGUUGCGUCAGAGACUGCAAUGGUGGAGAAAGUUUGCAGUAGGCCCAUCUAACUUCAGCAGCAGUGACUUUCAGGAUGAAGAAGGAAGAAGAGGAUUUAACUUACAUUAUAACUUUCCAUGGGGAAAAGAAACAAUAGAAACACUGAAGAACCUUGGUGAUACUGAACUGUUAGAGAUGUAUCCAGGGGAUAGAUCAAAAUUACUGGGCCGAGAUGGAAGGAAGAAUGUUAUUCCUCAUGUCCUGUCUGUGAGUGGAAAUCUGGACCGAGGAGUAUUAGCAUAUCUCUUUGAUUCACUACAGCUGGCUGAGAAUCCGUUAACAAAAAAGAAAAAUUCACAAAGAAAGGUACUUAAACUUCAUCCUUGUCUAGCACCUAUCAAAGUGGCCUUGGAUGUAGGGAAAGGCCCAACAACAGAGCUGCGACAGGUUUGUCAAGGAUUGUUCAACGAACUAUCAGAAAAUAGAAUUUCUGUAUGGCCAGGUUAUCUUGAAACCACACAAGUAUCCCUGGAACAGCUUUAUACAAAAUAUGAUGAGAUGAGUGUUCUCUUCAUGGUCUUGAUAACUGAUGCUACUCUAGAGAAUGGAGUGGUCCAGCUGAGAAGCAGAGACACCACCAUGAAGGAAAUGAUGCACAUAUCUAGGUUAAAAGACUUCUUAACUAACUUCUGGAUUAACUGUUGUUAAUAGAACUGCUCAGGAAAACGUGAAUUGCACACCACCACAGCAGAAGGAAAGGAUUUUGCUGCUGCCAAUGGACUGUCCCUUUCAUAAGAACCAGAGAGAAAAACGAAGCUAGAAUCUCCCCAAGGUGGAGAAAGAUGGACCAGUAGUCUCUUGUAAAAGUGAGUCUUUUACAAUCAUCCUUCGUGGUCACUUCAACUACUGCUACUAUCUAGGCUGAAUGUAAUUCUUUUUGCAUGAAUUUAAAAAUACCUCAUUAUUAUUAUUGUAAUCAUUAUAUUUUGAGCAUUACAUUGCAGGAAUAAAGUCUCUGG